UCUAGUAUGCCCUAACGGCGGCUAACACCUCCUCACUCAACCCUAAUUCCCUCAGCCCAGCAGAAACUCUUCAAAGCCUUGUCAAACAAAGCAGGGAUUCGUGGAAGGCGUCUCAAAAGGUUAAAGCUUUUAGAUUCAGAGUAAAUGCUUAAAAUUAUAUCUUACAGUUUUAGUUACUCGUGACUGAUUUGUAUUCACCGAGCCAGUCGUCAUGAUGGCUUGACUUUUGAGCCGUUCUCUCUCCGAUUUUGGAGAAUUGUCAUUCCAAUUUAAGGAUUGAGUGCGCUCACUAUUUCGGCAGUGAACUGAUUUUCAGAAUACAUAUUUAAACUGGAACUCUACUUCAGUUUUUGGAGUGAUCUGCCCGUCGGUGGAUUGCCCGUUGGCCAAGAUGUCCCAGCCCUCUGCUGCUGACGAGGGGACCACCUUCGAGCACUUGUGGAGCACCCUGGAGCCCGACAGCACUUACUAUGAGCUCCCGCCGGGCGGUCACCGCGGCGACAGCGAAGCGUCCUCCAGCCUGCCCUCUGACCGCGCCGAGGUGUGCAUGGACGUCUUCCACAUGCGCGACAUGAACGAGUCCGUCAUGUCCCAGUACAGCCUCCUGAGCAGCAGCAUGGAUCAGACCCUGGCCGGCCGCGCUCCCUCCACCAGCCCCUACAGCUCCGAGCACGCCUCCGCCGUGCCCACGCCGUCGCCCUACUCGCAGCCCAACUCCACCUUCGACGCCAUGUCCCCCGCGCCCGCCAUCCCCUCCAACACCGACUACCCCGGGCCCCACAACUUCGAGGUCACCUUCCAGCAGUCCAGCACCGCCAAGUCCGCCACCUGGACGUACUCUCCGCUGCUGAAGAAGCUGUACUGUCAGAUUGCCAAGACCUGCCCCAUUCAGAUCAAGCUGGCCUCCACACCUCCCCAUGGGAGCGUCAUCCGGGCCAUGCCGGUCUACAAGAAGGCGGAGCACGUCACCGAGGUGGUGAAGCGCUGCCCCAACCACGAACUGGGCCGCGACUUCAACGACGGUCAGGCAGCCCCGGCGAGCCACCUGAUUCGGGUGGAGGGCAACAACCUGUCCCAGUACGUGGACGACCCGGUCACGGGCCGACAGAGCGUCAUGGUGCCCUACGAGUCUCCGCAGGUGGGGACGGAGUUCACCACAGUUCUGUACAACUUCAUGUGCAACAGCAGCUGCGUGGGCGGGAUGAACAGGAGGCCGAUCCUCAUCAUCAUCACCUUGGAAACGCGAGAUGGUCAGGUUCUGGGUCGGAGGUCGUUCGAGGGGCGCAUCUGCGCGUGUCCCGGUCGAGACAGGAAGGCGGACGAGGACCACUUCCGGGAGCAGCAGGCGCUGAACGAAAACGUGGCCAAGAACGGCAACGCCAACAAACGCACUUUCAAACAGACCCCUCCACACAUUCCUGGACCUGCCAUCAACAUCAAAAAGAGGCGACACGGAGAAGAAGAACUAUACUAUAUUCCCGUGCGCGGCAGGGAGAACUUUGACAUCCUGAUGAAGAUUAAGGAUAGUCUGGAGCUGGUGGAGCUGGUUCCACAGCAGCUGGUGGACUCAUACAGGCAGCAGCAGCAGCAGCUACUACAGAGACAAAGUCACUUGUCCUCCCCGUCGUCCUACGGCUCGCCGCUGCCCAACAUGAACAAGAUCCACGGGGGCAUGAAUAAGCUGCCCUCCGUCAACCAGCUGGUGGGGCAGCAGCCCCAGCCCAGCCCCGGCCCUCCUCCAGGCAUGGGACAUAUGGGUUCCAACAUGCUGAACAGUCACCACAUGCAGUCUAACGGUGACAUGAACGGAGGUCACUCCGGCCAGCCCAUGGUGCCAGCGUCUCACUGUACCCCUCCCCCUCCAUAUAACCCUGACCCCAGCCUAGUCAGUUUUUUAACCAGUCUCGGGUGCCAAAACUGCAUUGACUACUUCACGUCCCAGGGCCUACAGAGUGUGUACCACCUCCAGACCUUGUCCAUGGAGGACCUGGGUGCCCUGAAGAUCCCGGAGCAGUUCCGCCUGGCCAUCUGGAGGGGCCUGCAGGACAUGAAGCAGGGCCACGACUACAGCCAGCAGCUGAUCCGCUCCAGCAGCAACACCGCCACCAUGGCCAUCGGGUCCACCGGCGAGCUGCAGCGCCAGCGCGUCAUGGAGGCCGUGCACUUCCGCGUGCGCCACACCAUCACCAUCCCCAACCGGGCCGGGCCGGGCGGCACCGGUGAAGACUGGUCUGACUUCGGCUUCGACAUGCCCGACUGCAAAGCCCAAAAGCAAUCCAUCAAGGAGGAGUUCAUGGACAGCGACGUCCACUAGGGCUCCGGCUGCAGACUGUUUCUUCCUCCCGUUAUGUUUUUUUCUUUUUUUUUUACAAUAAAUUUGUUGUUUAUGCCGUUAUUUAAGGACUAAAAACAUACAUUCAGAAAUGAAUGAAGUGGAAGGGCUGUAGAAGCCCUUGCUUUAAAAGCAGAAACAAGAACAACAGUUAUAUUUAACCUCCCAUUUUAAGGGACUUUUUUAUCGAAGCACUUCCAUAUUUGAAAUGUCUUCAGUGCAGUUAUUAGUUUUGCUUUGUGUGUAGACUCCGCUCUGCCGUGAUGACUUCACUCCUACGGUUAUACUCCAGUGCUUUCAGGAAGCGUCAACCUUCAUAUCAAUCAAAAGAAAUGACGUUGAUAGACACGUGGCGGAUAAGCACUUUUACUUCGCUUCAGGAAAUCCCAUCUGAAUAUGUUUCCAUUUACCAAGGCUUCACAGCAGGAUGGCAUUCAUUGGAAGCGAGCAAGAGAAAGAAAAUCAAAAGGCAACAACACUACUUGUUGGUGUUUUCAGCAGUCCUUCUCAUUGUGGAGUUUAGCAGCAACCAUUCUUUAUUCUGGAAUGGGUGGUUAUUUCUGAAAGCUCCAACACAUUCAGGGAGUGUUUUAGAAAGGUUAAGUAGCCUCCACCAGUGUAUGAUGUUGGCCUGGAUAACUCUACCCCCCCCCCCCCUUUGCCUCCCCAGCCCUGACUAAAAUGUCCCUCACCUCA